UCAAUUCCAUUAUCUCAUACAUAGAAGGGUUAAACAUGGAGGUACAAGGUUCUACCUUUAGUCUUUAAAUACGAAAGUUUUAAGUUUGAAUAUUUUAAGUAGUAUCUUUAAUUUGGUUGGAGUUUUGAACAUGAAGGUCCCAAAUCUUUUGAAGAAGUUAGCGAGAUGUCGCAUCUCUUGGCCUUUUUUUUCAUUUGAAAUGCUGAAGUCCUUUUCAUAUAUAAACCCUAGCUAGCCUGAUAUACUGGCGAAUAAUAUGGGCCAACUAACCUGGAUACUUUGGAAUGACAUAUUAUUUCAAAUCCAAAUCAGAAGGCAAGGCAAACAGCCUUAUUAAUCACAUAACAAUUCUCCAGCAUCCAUUUGGCAGGAAAAUGUUUGGUGAAUUUAAUUUGGUCCUCCUGUGGUUUGAUUCCGGUACAGGAAGGAUGCAUAUUCUGUUUGAUGGCCGUACUGAAACAGCCACCACUGUCCAUUAAUUCGUAGGGGAAAAGGUCGUAACUCGUAACUAACUAACUAACUACAAUGCUUGUUUAUGCCCAACUGCUGCUGUCUUUCUCUGCAGCGCUGCUGGCUCAUCACCACCACCGGCCUUCUCAGCAUUUUCUUCUUCUGUUUCUUUAUUUCUUUCUUUCUGACUUGGGCCUGGUCAUCACUUCCGUAAACACGAGAACGGAUCACCGUACGCAUCCCAUUUGGAGUUUGUUUUCACCCUUUUGUUUUCUUGUAUUUGAGUUUUCAAUACCCAACUGGCCAACUAGCUAGGAUCGAUAUUAGUUGAUGGGACUGGAAGAACUGGCCUUCCAGCUUCCUAGCUAGAUAACUGAAAAACUCACGACAGUUAAUCCUAUAUUCAACUCAUUAUGUCCCAUUUGAAUGGCUAGUAAUUUUUGAUUUUUGAAUGGUGUGAAUGAGAAUGAAAGGAGGAAAGAGUCAAAUAUGCUUUUGAAGUACCAUAUUAGUGAGAUGUGGGAAGGUGCGUUCUCUAAUUUGGCCGAUUUGUAAAUAUAAUGAUAAUCAGUUAGAUUGGUUGGUAUAACCAAACCGAGUUGAAUCGAAUCGAACCAAUGUGGCGGUUGGAAUGAACCAACCUAUCCAUCUGGGCUAAACCGUUGCAAUGGUUCGGAAAUUUUAAAAACGGAUCAAUAUAAUGGUUGGGGUGUAAUCACCUCACCCAAAGAGUCACCUUCAUAGUACGCACUCCUUUAUUUUCUACAAAUAGCAUCAAACCCUUUGGUUUUAGAUAAGAAAAUAUAACAUUUUUCUUACGAAACUUUGCCAAAAUAUUGUGUUUUUCUACAUUCUUUUUAAAAGAAAAUUCGAGUAAGUGUGGUUCUCGUCGAUUCGUUGCGUUCAUUGGUUUUUAGGGUUUGAGGUCUGCUACGCCGGGAAAAUGUACGUCCUUUCUAUCUCAGGAGAAUUAUUCUUAAACCACAGAUACAAGAGGGGAAUACAAUUUAUUAAGGAGUGACAAUGCAAUCUGUAGGUUAGAACGAUUGCAUGUGUGUGCAUAGAUUAUGAUCAUAUCUAUGUUAUUUGUGUAGCAAUAAAUAUAGUGUACCUGAAAAUUUCCAUAACACUUUUGUUAGAGUAAAAGGUUGUUACCCAAUAAGAAAUUGAAUCCUUGAGCUCUUUCAUAGGGAUGUGACUACUUAAUCAAUAGAUUGCACGAACAAGUUCUUAUAUUAUCAGUGACAAAGUGAGAAUGUAAAAUCUUAAAUUUUGAUCAAUGACAAAUCGUACUAGUAAAUGGACAAUUUUUUUGUACAAAUAUCAAUUUAUACUAAAUACGAUCAAACGACAACUCAUAUGAAGGCAGUGGCGGAUAGGGAUGGCAACCCUAACCGUAAAUCCGGGUACCUGCCCGAAAUCGCACCAGUCAAACUGGGGGAAACCGAGUUGACCGGGUGACGGGUCAGGGACGAGCAAACCCGAACAGUUGAUGGAGCGGUGAUGGAUUCAUCACUAUCGACCCCGUAACCGCCCGACAGCUAUCCGUCUCUUCCGAAUUCCAAUCACCAUUCCCAGCCUCCAUCGAAGAGGCAACCCAACUGCAGUUGCAGAACCCAGUUUGAACAUGAAGGAUGAGGAUUUUGUCUCCCACUCCUCCCUGUAGCGGGUAUGGGAGCGGUGAUGGCGGUGAUGGAAUCAGGAAUCUGACGGCGGCGGCGAUGGAAGAAGGGGAUCUGCGGAUCAGCAACCGCUACUCUGAUCCCUACGUCUUUCUGUCUUCUUCUAUCUUCUACCCAACAAUGGUUGGUGGUGUAGCCAAGAAUGGGAGCUUCGCAACGGUGGAGGAAUGGCAAAGUCCACGUGGGGUUUCGGGUAAACCCGUUAUCCGAGGUCGGCGGGUGGCAGUGGGAUUUUUGCCUCCGAGGGUGCGGGUGUGGGUGGUUUCUCCGACUCGGGGAAGUCUCGAGGGCGGGGAGCGGAUUCUGGGAAACCGUCCGCGAUCCACCCCGUUGCCAACCCUAGUGGCGGAUGCAGGGGGUUUAGCCUCUGUCAAUCACGUAAGGCUGGAAAACGGUGCACUCUGGUUCAAAUCGGAACAUAUAUACGAUAUACAGUCCAUAUCAAGAGGUUGGAGUAUAGUCAAUAGACCAUACCACAUACUAUACGGUCCAGACCAUACCAUCCCUGUGUUGUCUUGUCUGGUACAGUUUGAUCCAGAUAGACCACUGACACGCUACGACACAACACCAAACUGCGACCAAGUGUAAUCGCAGUCCAGAAAUGCAGUACAGUGGCAAGUUCUAAUUAUCAACCCGGGGUCUAGAUCUACUGCCUACUCCGUGUAUAUUUGUUAUCUAGCAAACUAAGUCGAUUGGUUGUGGUUUUAGCUAAAAGCAGUAAGAAAGCAAGAAUUGAUUCGGUUUUCUAAAGCGAAGGAAGAGUCACUCGGGAAUGAGUCCCCCUAGAUCCUUAGUUAGGUCUCAGUUGUAAUUACCCUGGGUUGAUUUACUGUUGAUUAAACUGCAGAAGAUCCGACAAUAGCUUGGAAUCUCUUAAACUGACCAAGCCCUCUCAGUCCAAUUACCCGGCAGACGACUAGUCUUCACCAGGAUAGAAAACUGAGGCUAAGAACACAGAACUCCACUACUGGAAUUGGGUUCCAGUACAAAGCAGUAGAUUGAUUAACUCUCGUAUAACCAAUCUACCACUACCGAAUGAUGAAGCUCUAACAACCUAAUCAGAUUCUAUCUAUCUCAGGUUGCAACAUAAAUCAAGAAAAGAUUAUCAGACUU